AUGAACUUCCUUAGCUUUCUGGGCAUCGCAGCGACGUUGCCAUAUGCCGCCAUGGCACAUCCAACACAGAACACUUUGCCGGCGCCGGACCUACCACCUUCAUCAUGGAACACUCAUACGCAUUGUUUCGACCCGGAACGGCAUCCUUUCAAGAGCUCGCGCUCCUACACCCCGCAAGCCGCCCGGCUUAACGCUCUAAUUGAGCAAUCACCCGCCGACAAUGUCAUGAUCGUACAAGCAACCAUUGAGGAUGGUUAUAGCGGACUCUUGGAAACGCUGGCAAAUGGCCAUAGGGACUACCCUGGAAAGCAGAUCCGCGGUACCAUCGCCUGGGACCCUGAGGACCCAAGUCUGAAGAACAUGACGGACUCUGAUUGGGACAAGCUGAAUGACGCUGGUGUACGAUCUGUGAGGAUCCAUGGAUCGUAUGGUGGGUCUGGAGAUAACCUUGAAUGGGUUCUUAAACAAUUCCUAGACGUGGCUGGGUAUUUCCCUCUCGGGCGACAUGGCUGGAGUAUCUCAUCCCAACUACCACUGAUAACAUGGUCAAAGAUGAAGGAUUCCAUUUUGAACCACCCGAAGCUGAAGAACAUAACUAUCAUUGCAGAUCAUAACGGUUCUGCCACGCCAGACGACUAUGAUACUCUGGAGUUCAACGACUUUCUCAGCCUCAUAAAAGCUGGUAGACUCCACAUCAAAACCGGUGCUUUACACAGACGAUCAGAUGAUAUAUCUCUGAUGGAACCAGUUAUCAAGUCUUUUGCCAAGGCAUCAGCUGACAGCAUCGUCUGGGGAAGUGACUGGCCUCACGUUAAUGCCACUGCUAAGGGACUUACUCCGGCACCGCCACUUGAAGUCGACACUGGCAAGGAACUUCGGUUGUUGAGAGAGUGGCUUACGGACCAAGAGUGGAUGGGAAUGAUGUAUAGCAGCGAGGCGCGGAUUUGA